UUGGAAUCAAGCGCCGAGUCCGCGCGGGUGUUGCGGGGUCGGAGGGUCAGGUCUGCUCGAGGGCUUGGGCCGCGGCGGAUGAGCCGGGUGGCCGCCAUGGGCCUGGGCGCCAGCGCAGAGGAGCCCGCGGGCGGCUCCGAGGGCUUCCACCUGCACGGGGUGCAGGAGAACUCCCCGGCCCAGCAGGCAGGCCUGGAGCCCUACUUUGACUUCAUCGUCACCAUCGGGCACUCGCGACUGAACAAGGAGAACGACACACUGAAAGCGCUGCUGAAGGCCAACGUGGAGAAGCCCGUGAAGCUGGAGGUAUUCAACAUGAAGACCAUGAAGGUGCGCGAGGUGGAGGUGGUGCCCAGCAACAUGUGGGGCGGCCAGGGCCUGCUGGGUGCCAGCGUGCGCUUCUGCAGCUUCCGGAGGGCCAGCGAGCACGUGUGGCACGUGCUGGAUGUGGAACCCUCUUCACCUGCCUCCCUCGCCGGCCUGUGCCCCUACACAGACUAUGUGAUUGGCUCAGACCAGAUCCUCCAGGAGUCCGAGGACUUCUUCACACUCAUUGAGUCCCACGAGGGGAAGCCCUUGAAGCUGAUGGUGUAUAACUCAGAGUCCGACUCCUGCCGGGAGGUGACUGUAACUCCCAACGCAGCCUGGGGUGGAGAGGGCAGUCUGGGGUGUGGUAUUGGCUACGGGUAUCUGCACCGGAUUCCAACCCAGCCUCCUAGCCACCACAGGAAGCCACAUGAAACCCCAUCACUUGGUACCCCAUCACCUGGCCCCUCGUUACCUGAUAGCUCAUCACAAGCUACUCCUUCACCGGGAGCCCUGCCAUCUGGACAUACCCCCCAGGAUUUUCCUGAUCUUCUUGGCCCAGAGAUGAGCUCCAGGCAGGGUGACUAUGUGGAGGCUCUACUGCAGGCUCCUGGCCCCUCCAUGGAGGAAACACUUCUGGAGACUGGGAGUCCGGGUCAGGGUGUUCCAGACGUUGAGCUCGGGGGACUUCCAUGCCCCAUGGAGAUUCCCCUUCAGCCUCCACCUCCAGUGCAGCGAGUCAUGGAUCCAGGCUUCUUGGAUGUGUCAGGCAUCUCCCUCCUGGACAGCAGCAAUGCCAGUGUCUGGCCCAACCUUCCUUCUUCCUCAGAGCUCACCACCACAGCCGCCUCAGCCUCUGGGCCAGAGGACGUCUGUUCCAGCAGCAGUUCUCAUGAGCGUGGUGGUGAGGCCACAUGGUCUGGGUCGGAGUUUGAGGUCUCCUUUCUGGAUAGCCCAGGUACCCAGGCACAGCCAGACCACCUGCCUCAGCUGACUCUCCCUGACAGCCUCACCUCUGCAGCCUCGCCGGAGGAUGGGCUGUCUGCUGAGCUGCUUGAAGCUCAGGCUGAGGAGGAGCCAGCAAGCACAGGAAACCAGGAUUCCGACGCAGAGGCUGAAGCUGACCAGCCAGGUCCGGGUCUCUAGCGCAGAACAGCACUCUGGGCUAGGACAAGGCUGAUGGCUUUUCACGGUCACACUGCCCAGCCCCAGCCCUGUGUGUUCUGCUUGAGACACGCAGGGGCUUUUGUUGGGGUGUGUAUGUGUGUGUGUGUGUGUGUAUGGUGGGGGACUGUGUCCACUCAGGCCCUGUAUCUGCUCUCCAAGAGAUGACCUCCCACCAGUUAUUCUGCCUGAUGCUCCUGGCUUUGGGGGAAUUGAGAAUCUCAGACAAGUCCUUUCAGGAUGGUAGGGGGCUUGCAGGAGCUGAGGCAAGAGAGCAAAGGAUUCCUUGGCUUGGGUGGGACAUGGCAUCUUGGUGGGUAGUAAGAGGACAGCUUUUGGCCACACCCCCUCAGGGCUGGGACUUGCUCCUGCAGUGGUCACUGGCUGUCAGGAGGCAGAAGGGUCCAGACAUGAUCAAGUGUGCAGAUGGGACGUGGAACAUUUGCUAAUCACUUUGCAAGGCUUGUCUUGAUUCUGCCUGCUCACUCAACCCCACUUGUACUGGAAGGGGCCCUUCAGCCUGGGGACCUGUGACUUUAUCUUGUGCCCCGUCCCAUGCCCCACUGCACAGGUGCUGGUGGAGUGGCAACAUACUCACACACCUCUGCUUCUCCUGCGGGCAGGGGGCCGAGAAUCCUAGGGACCACGUGUGCUCGGAGCAUGUUUCUCUGCCCAGGGGCCUCCAUCCCACAGACCUAGUAGUCCCAGUGAUUCCUGCCAGUCCCCAGAUGUAGUCUUCUCUCUUCCAUGCCAAGCAGGCAGCCGGCCUACAAGCCCAUGGCCACCACCUUAAGCACAUUUUCAGAGCAUGUCUAGCUGACUGGGUCUCUGAAUACACAGCUCCCAACACGGGUGAGUGAGGGGUCUAGACAUGAUGGGCAAGGGCCCCUCUUCUUUCCCACAGUAGAGGGAGGCUGUUUCCCCCAGCCACAGGUGCCUUUGGAGACAAGCCUAGGUUGUACCUCCCGCUCUGCCUAGCUGGAAGAAGGGGGCUCCACCUUGGGUCAGCUGCUCUUCACCUGAAGCCUCUCCUCCCUGGGCUGGAGUCCCUCAUCCUGCCCGGCACCUUGCCGACUGCCAUGAAAGUUGCCUUUGGACUUUUGUCUUCUAGCCUCUGCCCAUGAAGACUUUCAUGUUCAUCUCUUGAUGUGCAAGGGCUGCACUUACAGGAAGUCCAGAGCUCUGGUGACAGAGACCAUCCUCUGUUGGGGCUGGGGGGAGGGUGGUGGCACAGGCUAAGUACAUGGGAGAGUAGGGAGGCCCCCAAGUGAGCAAACUCUUCCAGUUUCUAGCACUCUGACUGCACUUAAAGCAAAGCCUCGUCAAGCCUACCAGAGCAGCUGAUAAGCCCGCAGAACAGGGAGGCUUUGUGUCCAAAGCCAGUGCUGGAGCCUGGUUCUUGGUAUGUCUGGGAGCUCAGUGUCUGCCCAGAGGAAUCCAGACACAGAACGGUGUGACCACGGUACUGCUCUGAGGCCAGUGUUCCCUAACUUCAGCCUGCAGUCUGACCCAAAGUAACCCUCACCCAAAGAUUCUAGGUCCUCCCUCCUGCCUCUUACACCCUCUCACUCUGAGUGGGGAAACAGCAUGGAUACCAAUGUUAGUUAUUUUCAGAGAAAACAUGAAGCCAGAAGGUUACUCCCUCUGUAAUCUGCCAUGAAGGAAAAUGACAACUGAAAGAAAAAAAAAAAUAAAUGCUCAAAUACUA